AUGGUCGUCUACUCCGGGGAUGCCCUCAAGCUUCCCGACCCGUUCACCUUCCUGAACGGCUCCAAGGUCACCACCGCAGCCCAGUGGCAAUGCAGGAAGGAAGAGAUCAGCGCCCUCUUCCAGCGCUACGAGCUCGGCCCCAUGCCUGCGAAUCCCGAGGUGAAGGCCACCUUCAGCAGCAACCGGCUCUCCAUCACCGUCACCGUCAACGGCAAGGCCCUCACCAUGAACCCGACCAUCCGCAUGCCUUCUUCUGGCCAGGCGCCCUAUCCGGCCCUCAUCGCCCUCGGCGCUGCCUCGAUUCCGGUACCGGCCAACGUUGCCGUCAUCAGCUACAACAACGAAGAGAUAGCCGCCACCGACCCCCGCGGCCGGGGCAAAUUCUUUGACCUGUACGGCUCAUCCACUACGACCGGGGGCCUUGUUGCCUGGGGCUGGGGCGUUAGCCGGAUUAUGGAUGCCCUUGAGCAACUCGGCCCCGAGACGACCAAGAUCGACGCCAAACGUGUCGCCGUCACGGGGUGCUCGCGCAACGGUAAAGGCGCCAUGGUCUCUGGCGCUUUCGACCAGCGUAUCCGCCUGACGAUUCCCCAGGAAGGCGGCUCCGGUGCCAUGGGCUGCUGGCGGAUCGCCGCCCAGAUGAAGAAGAACGGCACCAACGUCGAGGACGCAGCCCAGAUCGUCAACGGCGACCAGUGGUUUACCACCGAAUUUUCCAAAUACGUCAAUGCCCUCGACAAGCUGCCCCACGACCACCACAUGCUGGCCGCCAUGAUCGCCCCGCGGCCUUUCCUCGUUAUCGAGAACUCUGGUAUCGACUACCUCGGCCCCAUCAGCUCGUACGGGUGUGCCACGGCUGCCAAGAUGGUUUACGAGGCUCUAGGCGCCCCGGAUGCCAUGGGCUUCAGCCAGACAGCCCACGGCAAUUCGCACUGCCAGCUGCCGUCGAACCAGAACGGCGACCUCGCUGCGUACUUCAACCGUUUCUUGCUGGACGAGGAGAGCGCCGACUCCAAAGUCUGGAAGCCCGAUCCGAACCUCAACCUAGACAUCAAGCGGUACGUCGACUGGACCGCCCCAGACCUAGCAUAG